AUGCCCAGAUUCUCUCUUGGUGUCGGCAAGUAUGUCAUGCCCUACUCUCGUGAAGAAGAAGAGUUUCCUUGGUUUAUGAAGGGUCUUAAUGAGGGCGGUGCCAUGGGUCACAUUGUUCCCGACCACGGAAUCGUGUUGGCCGUCGGCCUCGGCGUUUUAAAGAACCAACACCAAAUGUUAUACGCCAGAGCCCCCCGUGAACAAAAGGAUUUCUACCAGUCGGUCAUCCUGGCGCUGGAGGGAGUUCAAGAGUACAUUGAGAGCUUUGCGAACCUGGCUGAGCAAUUGGCACAAAAGGAGGAAUAUACGGCUGAAGAAAAACAAAAUCUCCGACGCAUCAACGCAAGACUGCUGAAACUGAAGACCGGCGCCCCCAGCAAUAUGCUGGAGGCCGUGCAGCUUCUGUUCUUGAUGCACUGUUCUAUGCAUCUGAUUGGCAACCCGGUUGCUAUUGGCCGACUAGACGUCCUGCUGAGUCCGUUCUACGACGAAACGACAACGCCUGAAGCUGAAGCGCAAGAGAUCUUGGACUGCCUGUGGAUAAAACUGAGUGAACGUGUCGUCAUUAACCGCCACUUUACACCAGACUUGCAUGAUCGAGGUUCCACAUCGGUGAUGUACGCUGCAACAGGUAACUUUGGUCAAGGAAGCGCCGUCAACCAGUGGGUCCAACAGAUCACCGUUGGCGGGUACCAAGCAAAUGAUGACGUCACUCCAACGACGGCCUGUAACAAACUUACUCUGCUGUGUCUGAAAUCGUCUCGCAGGAUUCCUACUAACGCCCCAUGCUUGAGUCUCAGGCUACACAAGAACAUGCCAGAGAAUAUACUGCAGGAAGCCACAAGGGCGCUUCUUAGCGGUGGUGCACAUCCGAUCCUCAUGCAUGAUGAUAGACUUGUACCGAGUCUGAUGAAUAGUGGCUCUCCUGAUGUACCCGUUAGCCUUGCGGCAGCUCGUAACUACGCAUGUGACGGAUGCUACGAGCCAAUGAUUGCGGGCGAGACCGAGUUUGCGUUUGGCAUCAUCAUUCUGCUGAACAUUCUGGAAAUGACUCUAAACGAGGGAACGCUUUAUGCCGACUCGGGGUCGGUAUAUCUUCGAGGCCUCAAAGUCUCCUAUCCAUCGCCACACUCCAGCCAAAUCAAGACGUUCGACCAGCUGAAAGAAAUCUUCCUAAAACACCUGCGAAUUCAAACUGCUCAGUUUUACAUCACGAUUCUCUCCAACUAUGGAAACCUCUGGGACAUCUGCCCUUCGCCACUUCUGUCCUCCCUCAUCCACGGCUGCAAAGAAAGCGGUCGUGAUCUUUCCAAUGGGGGAUCCAACUACCACGCAUUGGCUAUGAUGUACGUCAGUGCGUCUAACACCAUCGAUUCACUGGUUAAGAAGCUCGUGUUCGACCCAGACGAAUCCCUCACGACCUUGCCCCAACUGCUGGAAGCGCUGAAACUGGACUGGGGAUUUGAAAUGAGAGAACCGUUUUUCGACGAGCGUGCCGGGGAGGUGCGAGAGGAUGCGAACGCAGCUACCUACAAGACGCUGAGAAAGAAGGCUCUGACUUUACCAAGAUUUGGACGUGGUAAUCCAGAGGUAGACGAGAUAGCAAACUGGCUGAUGGAAAACGUGGUGUCUAUUGCCAAAGAUACGAUUCACCACCCUCCUUCCGUACUCGAUGGCAUCAUCAGUGGUAUCAAAGAGAAAUACUCCUUACCAGGCCGUCCGUUUGGUUUCGUCGUUGAACCCGGUAUUGGGACGUUCGAGGGGUACGUUCCGCAAGCAUUGGGUACAGGAGCCUCCGCUGACGGGCGCCGUAGUCGCCAGCCAUUCGCAUCGGAUCUGAGUCCGUCACCUGCACCCCAGGACAAGACCGCACAACCAGCCUCGGUCAACAUCUAUCAGGCCAUGAGAAGUUUUGAUUAUGAUUCCAUCAACAUUGGUCUGUCCAACGGGUCACCGGUCGACAUGAAUGUGAGCGAGGACUUCCCUGAGGCCAAGCUUCACGAGUUCAUACGUCACUAUGCAAAUCGCACCAAACCCAUCGGUUCCAAUUUGAUUACAGUCACAUGCGCCAAUUUGGAGACGUAUCAGAAAGCAGUGGAUGAACCUGAGCGGUACGACUUGGUCCGUGUACGCACUGGUGGCUGGUCGGAGCACUACGUGGCCAUGUUCCCCGCACAUCAAGAGCAGCACCAGCGCCGUGUUGUCUUCACACCCUUGUAGAACGGUGCGUCCAGAAUGAACGCCAUAUAGGGUGUCCCAGAAAAAAACAAACGUCCAGGCCAAAUCAAGGAACCCAGAACCUAUUUUCCCUGGUUCCCCAUGUAUAGGCAGUCUUCCUCGUGAGAAAUGAUCUGACGAUGUCAUCACAAUCAGUCAGGCAUUUAACCAGGCUGACAUUGACAUCAUGUAUGAUUUGCUUGACCGGUGCAAGUAAAUAUAUUCACGUAAGAAUACUCCCAAUCAGGAUCCGUAGGAAUAAUAUACUUUCUUGCUGUUGCGUGAUUUGGUGUGGACAGUUUGUUUCUAAUACACCCUCUUCAGGGUGGAGUCCAAAAAUGUGGAACCCAACCCAAAGAAAUAUAAUUCAUAUUUAAAAAAAAAAUAUGUGGCACCAAAAAUAAUGAUGACUGGCAAUAAGCUACUUUUAGAUGAAAAAAAA